GGGUCUUCCAAAUUAUCGGAUUUGAAGGGAGGUAUAACUUUACUAAGCUUCAUAAGAUUUGGAAAUGUUCCUUCAUCUAUACAACGGUUAAAUAUAUCAGCCAAAUAAGGUUCUAUGACAUAAAGUAUAUUUAUGAUAAUAUUAAGAGAUGUGCCCCAUAAAUCGCAUAUGUCCUUUAUUUUGAGACAUUUGAAAGUUUUAAUAAUAUCGAAGAAAUUAAUAUAUUUGAAUUUAAUUAUGCUGAUAGUCUAUUAUGGUUAUACCACUUAUAAAAAUAACAUCAUUUUUAUGCCUUGACUACUCUGUCCUAUAUGUUAUCAUUGACAUUCCACUUUUACAAAAUGCUUUCUUGAACUGUUAUUUUUUUGGGCCGUAUGGCCGUAUCCUUUGCCUUUAUUGGUUUAAUCAAAGAAAUCACAAUGACCUGAUAUUUUUUUAUUUGCAGAGAUUAUUCGCUAACCGUGAUUACGUUUACAUCCGUCGACACAAAGACUUCGACGUGACUGGUUCUGUCCCCCUCCCCCAUAAGGAGGGGUUGUUCGAAUCCCCCCCCUCUGUUAAUCAUCCACCUGUAGAAGAAGAGAGACCCAGUGUACAUUCACACGCGAAAAGGAAAGCCAUAGAGAAUGAUUUAAGGCAGAAAGUUAAUGGAGGAGCUCUCGAGAAUAAAGUGUUUGUGAUAAUAUCGCGUUCUUGCGAACAUCCUGAGGUGCCGGAAUCGAAGAAUGCGAUCCGUGUGUCCGAAUAUUGGAGUCACAUGGUUGUGAAGAGUUUGAAUGGAGUCGAUAAGCCGGGCAUGGAAUUCGUGUUGACUUACUACGACGAGCCAGCGGUGGGCGGACUACCGAGCGGCGUGGCGGCGUGGGCCACCGGCCGAGCGGCGCCCGCUUACCUGGAGCGGAUGAGGCGCGCCGCACACGACUACGACAAGUGGCGGAGCGUACGCUCCAAUCAGGAGCUUCCUGACUUCGUGUCCUUCAACCAAUCGAAAACGAAACCCAGUCCCGGAUUCAAAGUCAGCGAACAAGAUAUGGAGUCUUCAAAAGACGGUCCCGAAUUGGAGAACGCUGGUGCUGAACAGAAACGAGACCAGAGCACGCAGACGGAACAAAUACAGAGCAUAGACAAUAAUGCAGCCAUAGACAAAACAGUUGUAGUUAUAGUACAGGUGAGAUUUGAUGUGUUGUUUGUUUGUUUGUUUAUUUGAGUAUAUAGAAAUAUCAUCAUCACCCCGCUGCUGGGGGCUCAGGCCUUGAAUGGAAUCAAAUCGAAUAGAGAAAAUAGGACAUGAGCGUCCACGCGGCCCCAGUGCGGAUAAGUGGGUGUUAACGAAUGCAGAUGCAGUCGGGACCAAAUAGAAACAUAGUAUAUACUAAUAUCACAAAGAAGAAAGAUUUGAUUGUCUGUUUGUUUGCAUUGAUUAGGCUUUAAAACAUUGGGUGGAUUUUAAUUAUUAACAUUAUUGAUAUAGGUUAUUUACGUGGGAUAAGUUGUGGGAAAAUAGCUGUUAUAGUUUAUUAAAAUUGCUUGUAUUAUAAAAAAAAGUUACCAGACUCAUUUGAACGGCUUUACCAAACCCAUUUAAAUGGUAAAAAAAAAACAAUAUAUUUUUGCUUUGAUCGGUAGAACGAAGUGGUAAAAGUCGAUAAAGUCAAUUCAACAUCAACAAUGGAUACGGAAGUGAAACAGGUGAGAAUUUGUAUUGAUUUUUGUGCUUAUAGUAAAUUUUUAUAUCGCAAUUUUUAUCCUGACUUUAUUUUAGGAUUUAUUCUCAUAUGAAUUAAGUCAAAAAUGAGUAUCAUUUUGAGAUUAUAUCACAUCAUCAUGAGUAGCUCGGUGGCGUAGCGGAUAAGCGCCGCGGCAUGUGAUCGUUGUCGUUAAGCAACUU